AUGCAGUCCUUGACCGAGGAGAUCCAGAGUUUCUCCCGGACGCGGCUGAGGAAGCAGUGCACCCGCGUGACGUCACUGAGCGGCCGCCGCAUCAUCGAGACCUGGAAGGGGUCAACCAUCACUGUGGUGGAAGACCCCGCCCCCCCGGAGAAGAUGCUCGGGUACGUCCCCGACACUUCCUGGGACCUGCAAGUCGGCGUCGUCAAGCCCUACCUGCUGCUGGGUUCUCAAGAUGCUGCACAUGACUUUGGUACUCUGAGAAAACACAAGGUGUCUCACGUCCUGAACGUGGCCUUCGGCGUGGAGAACGUGUUUCCCGACCUGUUCAUCUAUAAGACCGUCAGUAUUCUGGAUCAUCCCGACGCCGAUCUGCUGCUCCACAUCCAGGACUGUUGUGACUUCAUCCAGCAGGCUCGCAGCGAGAAAGGUGUGGUGUUGGUCCACUGCAACGCCGGCGUGUCCCGGGCUCCGGCUGUGGUCAUGGGCUACCUGAUGUCAUGUGACAGCCUGUCCUUCAAUGAAGCCCUCUCAUUGGUCAAAUCAGCUCGGCCCGCCUCCUCCCCGAACCCUGGCUUCCUGGACCAACUCAGGAGUUACAAAACUCAGACGAUGAACGGAUCCAAACACUAA